AUGGCGGCCACGCGGACCCCACCCCUGACGUCGGCCUGGGAGCCUCCGGGCUUGGUAAAACUCUGCCACAUGCGGCCGCGUGGUCACCCUCACUGCCUCCUAAUGAGACUCAAGGAGGUGCCGGCACUGGUGCGAGCAGAUGGCCCUCGGGGCAAGAGGAGCUCCAGGCUGCACCGGCCGUCCAGGGAGGACCCCGUGUGCCCUCAUUGCCUGGCUUCCUCCGCACACUCCCGCCUGCUAGCCCUGACCUGUGUCAUCAUGCCUCGAGGCCGGAAGAGCAAGCGCCAUGCCCACAAGAAACGCCACCAGGCCCAGGGGGAGACUCAGAGUCUCCAGGGUGCCCAGGCCACUGAGGCGGUGGCGGCGGCGGCAGAAGAGGUACAAGAGUCGCCCUCCUCACCCGCUUCUGUUUCUCCGGAUACUCCCCCGAGCUCCCCUGCUGCUGGCACUUACCAGGAGCCUCAGGGAGCCACAGCCGCUAGUUCUCGUGAUGCAGGGGUUUCGUGCCCAGGAUCUGAAGAGGGUGCCCAGAGCGAAGAUGAGAAAAGUGAAGGUACCUCCCAGGCAGCACCUUCCAUUCACAGCAGUUGCAGAGAUCCUCUGAGCAGGAAGUCCACAAUGUUCGUGCAGAUCCUGAUGGAGAAGUACAUAACGAAGGAGCCCAUCCUGCAGGCAGCACUGCUGAAGACUCUCAACAAGAAGUAUAAGAAGCACUUCCCUCAGAUCUUCAGCAGAGCCACUGAUAUCAUGGAGGCGGUCUUUGGCCUCGAGCUGAAGGAAGUCGACCCCAGAAGUCACUCCUACGCCUUCAUCAGCAAGCUGCCCCCCCCCAGCGAGGGAAGUCCGAGUGAUGAGCUCAGGAUGCCCACGUCCGGUCUCCUCAUGACUGUCCUGGGCGCGAUCUUCACGAAGGGCAACCGUGCCACCGAAGAGGAGCUCUGGAAAUUCCUCAAUGGGUUGGGUUACUAUGCUGGGAAGAGGCACUUGAUCUUCGGGGAGCCCAGGAGGCUCAUCAGCAAAGAUUUCGUGCAGCAGAAGUACCUGACGUACCGCCAGGUGCCCAACAGCGAUCCUCCGCGCUAUGAGUUCCUGUGGGGCCCGAGAGCCCACGCUGAAACCAGCAAGAUGAAAGUGCUGGAGUUUCUGGCCAAGAUCAUUGGUACCGUCCCCAGUGGCUUACCAGAUCUCUAUGAGGAGGCUCUGAAAGAUGAGGAAGAGAGAGCAGAAGUGAGAGCCGCGGCCAGGGCCGAGGCCCGCAGCUCCUCCCACAUGUAG